AGUCUUCCAUCGACGGUGAUUGCGUGCUCCUCGUGGACGACCAUGAGAGAGAAAUCGCAAAAGCAACAGCCGAAAUUGUACAGUUCUUUUUACACCAUUGCUGAUGGUUUUCAUGAUUGGGAUUGUGUAAUGCAACAAAUGCAUAUGCUACGCGAGAACUGCGGCCCAUCUGGAAACGAAAGCCUUAUUAAUACGACAGUGAACUUCUACUUUAUUAACAUUGCUGCGAGAAAAUGCAAGAAUCGUGGCAGGCGGAAGCGUUCCAAAAAGUGUGCCAUCAAUCCAAAGAAACGCCACAAGAAUCCUCAGCCCAAGAAUGCGGUGUGUGCAUUGAACGAUUUGAAGACCGGUGCUAUAUACAAGGUAGUGGAUCAGACUGGUCCGACCCAUGCCCCGAUAUUCACGAUUGCGGUGCAGAUAGAUGGACAGACUUAUGAAGGGAAAGGACGCACCAAAAAGAUGGCCAAACAUGCGGCAGCAGAGCUGGCUCUGAGGAACAUUGUUCAGUUUAGAAACACACCGGAGGUACACCAAGCAAUCAACACCUGUCAGCCUUCCAUGCCCCUGGAGCCUGACUUCACAAGCGACGUCACGGAACGUGACAAUCACCUAGUAAAUGCUUUUAAAACAUUGACACAGGAACCGAAGAGCCCUAACAAGUUUUUAGAGAAAGGACCUGUGGCGCUGAUCAACGAACUCUACCCGGGCGUGGUGUACAAAUGCGUAUCGGACAACGGCGAGAGUUAUGCGAAGUUCACGAUAUCCGUGACCAUUGACGGUGAGACCUUCGAGGGCACAGGACCGAGUAAAAAGCUAGCGAAAGCUGCGGCGAGCAAGGCGGCAUUGGCUAAAUUGAGGAACGUGCACAGCUCCUCGUUCUGCAUACCGCUUCCCGUUCGCGUUCUGCCUAACUUCUCGAGUAGCGGCCACUGGCAAGACCAGAUGCAGCUGCCCCAGAUGCUGGCCGACAAAAUCGGGAAAAUGGUGAACCAGAAGUUCAGCGAACUCAUACAGUCCAAACCGCAGCACGCUCGCCGCAAGGUCCUCGCUGGUAUCGUGCAGACGAAGGGCUCGGAUGCUGAGCUCAUAUGCGUAACGACCGGGACCAAAUGCGUAUCCGGAGAACAUCUAAGCGUCAGCGGUGGUGCUCUAAACGACUGCCAUGCGGAGGUGGUGGCACGGAGAUGUUUGUGUGAGUACCUGUACAAGCAGCUGGAACUUCACACGGAGGAGCGAGCAAUAGAGUCUAUUCUGGAACCCGCGAAGAAGGGUUUCAAGCUGAAACAGGGCAUACAGUUUCAUUUAUACAUCAAUACUGCCCCGUGUGGAGACGCUAGAAUUUUCUCACCACAUGAAGAAAAUGAGUCUGUUGACAAACAUCCGAAUCGGAGAGCCAGGGGUCAACUGCGGACCAAAAUAGAGUCCGGGGAGGGGACGAUACCCGUGAAAAGUAGCGAGGGUAUACAAACAUGGGACGGCGUUCUCAUGGGCCAAAGACUGCUGACGAUGUCGUGCUCGGACAAAAUAGCUCGAUGGAACGUACUUGGUGUGCAAGGCGCACUUCUAAGCCACUUCAUCGAGCCAAUUUACUUCCACAGCAUCGUUUUAGGCAGUCUAUUGAACCCAAGCCACAUGUACAGGGCGGUCUGCGGACGUAUCGAAAACACGAUUCAGGGUCUGCCGCCGCCGUACAGACUUAACAAGCCUUUAAUGAGCCUCAUUACAUCCUCGGAAGUUAGGCAGCCAGGGAAAGCACCUAACUACAGUGUAAAUUGGACUAUCGGUCAGGCGGACGCCGAGGUGAUAAACUGCACCACGGGAAAAGACGAGUUAGGCAAGCCGUCGAGAAUAUCGAAACAGGGAUUGUUCAGACGCUUUUACAACCUGUUAGGUAAACUCGACACGAUCGACGAUGCUGAUCAAAAUCAGUGCCGUCACUACCUGGACGCGAAGUCCUCCGUACAAAAUUACUCGAAUGCAACACGGAACGAGCAACGUUCAGCCUAAUAGAACUGAAAACAAGGGUCAACGAGAAACACGGGUUUUUAAUAUCCACACGAGAGAAAGAGAGAGAAAUAUAUAUAGAGACAGGGAGGUAGAGAGAUAGCGAGAGAGAAUUAUUUACAAUGAGUGCUGCCGAUUCUCGUGCUCUUUCCUUUCGUUUCAGUUCCUUUGAUCCCGGAGGAUGACGAGUACAGGUGCGCCCGGAGAAUCACGACGAAACGAGAAGCAGAGUAUUGUAGAUACACGAUAAUACAUCGAGGCGCUUGCACUCGAAGACACGGCCUUGUUCGAACUCCUUGGAUCGUGCUUCGCGAGCUCCGGAGGACCCUGGAGUAUUAUCAAACUGGCAAUUCUAGAUCGACAUCGGCGACGCAGCGGCGACUCGAACGACACCGCGGAGUGCAAGUCCGUAAGAUAAAUAGUUUCGUUGAAGCGACCACGCAGAUCCUGCGUUCUGCCGUACUACACGUGUCAGGUAUAAUUAAGUAUAGCUUCGAAAGAUAAUCGGAUUACUCUGCUGUACAAUCGUAUUUUUCACCCGGCCGGAACGGUCCGCAUCACGCGUGAUCCACUUUCAGGGUCCCCGAUGGACAUUGGUGUCGCGUCUGGUAAGGAAACUUCGUACUGCUCUUUUUCAUACGUUUCAGAUUGCGUACAUUUUUCAGGAGACUGAUCGACAAUAGGAGCGUCUUUUCCAGCUGGUUUCGACCUAAAAUUCCAGGAUGUUAAAUAAAUUGGUUUAAUAAAUAAUACUACUGGAACAA